AGUUGGAGUUAGAGUUGGAGUGGGGAUUUAGAAAAAUGGAGUAGAGUUGGUCGGAGUUGGAGUUGCACAUAGCCGGAGUUGCCCAUCUCUGAUUCUAUGUUAUCUAGUAGAAGAAUUCUCUCUCUCUUUAGAUAUUUCGGAUUAUUUCAGUCAGAGACUUAUAGAUUAUGCAUCACGUUCAACUGAUCCAACUAUUACUAAUUAUUUAUUAGAAAAAAUAAACAAUAAUAAUAUGUUUAGGAAAAAAUAAAGAGAAAAACCAAAACUUUUAGAAGUUAUCAUUGAAAAAAGUCUAGACAAUAAAAAAAAAUCCUUGAUCAAAGAGAAAAAGAUGAUGAAGAAUAUUCAAUGAAUAUGGAUAAAAGUCUUUUACCUACUUUAUUUUGUAUGAUUUCAGCUCAAGAAGAUAUUAAAAUAAUGUCAAAUUUUCUUAGAGAAUUUCUUCAAUUAAAUAUACUCGAAUCUGUUGGAUUAUGAUUUUCGUUCUGCAGCACAUGUUGCUGCUGCUGAAGAUUGAAUUGAAACAAUUCAGUUUUUGUCUGAAUAAUGUCAAAUUUUUGUUUUUGAUAAAAUAAUGAAUAGAAAAGAUCGAUGGAAUUUAUCACCAUUAGAUUAAGCCUAUCCUAAUGAAUAUAUUAAUAUUUUGAACUUUUUUUAAUUAAAAAUUAAAUAAUCAAACAAAUUAAAUUUCAAAUACAAUAUUCAAUUAAAAACAAAUACAAUUAAAAAAUAAUGUUACUCUUCGUCUAUUAUAUAAAUCGAAGAAAAUAUUUCUUUUUUCUACUUUACCUUCAACUCGUGCAGUUGAAAGAAUUUACCGAUUAUUUUAUCGGCGCUAUUUUAUUGAAAUUAAACUUUACGCAGAUAAUCAUGGUCGGACUCCGAUGCAUUUUGCUGCAGCAAAAUGGACAUUUAAAUUUAAUACAUAUAUUUAUUCAACAUAGAUUUCAAGAUGAAAUACAAUUCGAUAAAAUUAUAGAUCAAUUAAUACAACUCAAAUUAUGAUUAAAAAACGAAUUUUCAACUCAAUUUCUUUCAUUUAUCACUUAAACAUUAAAAUAUUGACUAAAAAACUUUUUUUCAAACAAUAAAAUACAAUACGUGUAUAUUCAUUGUUAUAACCUAUCAUUUACUAACAAUGCAUUAAAUUUAAAAAAAAAAACAAACUCUUAACAAUAAUUGAUUUAUAAAAAAAUAAUAACUUUCUCACUCUAGCGAUCAGUCACAAAUUAUAUUACUCUCUAGUCUUUAUUCUAUUCUAUUAUUUCCCUCGAUGUUCGUUCAUCACUACCCUUAUCACCAUCGUUUCUUAUAUAUUCUUACUAUGGAGUUCAUUUCAACUCUACCCCUCCAAAUUUCUUCCUAUGCUCAAUCAAUUUUCAAAAAGAAGAUCUUCAUCGUAUCGGUCAACCUAUUAUUCAACAAUUACAACGUGUUCAAUACAAGCAACAUUAUGUUCAUCCGCCAUGUUCGCCUCAUUAUUUAUCAAAUCGUUCUUCUCCAUUUUCUCCAAUGGAAGAAAAUUCAACACAUAUCCCUCUACUUAUGAAUCUACAACAACAGUCGUUGAACGUACGUCCUUUGAUAGAUUUACCACAAGCCACCCCGAUCUCAGCUUCCACAUCUACUCCAAGACGUCCAGCAAGCGAUAGCUUCAAUAAUGGAGGUGAAAAACAUCAUCAUAUGUCGAAACGUAUUAGAAUUAACGGUCAAUCUUCACGCAAUCAAUAA